UGUAAUUUUGGCGCGCCGUACUCCUCGCUGUUUGUUCUCCAUAAAAAGAGGGCGGACUCCCAGCGCGCACUGGACUAUAAAAGUCUCCGGAGUGCCCGCGGAGCGCGGCUCGGCGCUGCUCCCGCGAUGAGGACGACAUGCGCGGGGAAGAAGCGGCUGAAACCUGGACGACAUGGAGGACGACGCGCGUUUUGGGUGUGAUCUUGUACCGUGGAUGUAACGGAGGCUUUGGGUGACUUUUGUCGGGUGGACAGGCGCAGAGGUCCAAAGUGCGCGCACCUUUGCGGAUCCGGACUGUUUUGUCCCCCGAUUGGACAUAAAACUGUCGUUUUGGGAUCGCACCGAAUCGGGACGAUACAUGCGUGUGGAUUGUAACGGCAGCGAUCUGCGGGUCUGCAGGGGCCAUAUUGAAGCUCGUAGGAACUGAGUCUAAGAUGAAGUUAUGGGACGUCGCGGCCAUGUGUUUGUUGCUCCUGAGCUCCGUUGCUACCCGGCCUCUCUACCACCCAAGCAGCCCGCAGCAGCCAGACAAGAGGACCUUCCCUGACGCGCACCCAGCCCACCAGGACGACCGAGAGGAGACGUUGUUGUUGUUGCGGCGACGCCACGAGGAGCGCAGCCUGCAGGACGUCUCCAUGGAGGAUCAAUACGACACCACGGGUCCUGAUUCCCAGCACUUUGAUGACGUCAUGGACUUCAUCGAGGACACCAUCGGCAGACUGCGGAGAUCCUCGGAGUCGCGUGUCCAGAAGGAUCAGCGUCAGAGAGGAGCAUCAAACAGCAGGGGUCCAAGAGGCGAGAGGAGACGAGGGCGGAGUCGAGGCAAGGGAGGACGAGGCGAGCGAGGCAGAGGGACCACGUCGGUCCAGAGUCGAGGCUGCCUGCUGAAGGAGGUCCACCUCAACGUGACUGACUUGGGUCUUGGCUACCAGACCAAAGAGGAGAUGAUCUUCCGCUACUGCAGCGGGCCGUGUGCAGAGGCCGAGACCAACUACGACAAGAUCCUCAACAACCUGAGUCACAGCAGGAAGCUGGACAAGGACCCGCCCGCACGCACGUGCUGUCGGCCCAUCGCUUUUGACGACGACUUGUCCUUCCUGGACGACAACGUUGUGUAUCACACGCUCAAGAAACACUCGGCCAAGAAGUGCGGCUGUGUUUGACGGCACAGGGAAAGCUGGAGCCUAUCCCGGCUAACUUUUGGCGGACUACACGCUGGAUGGAGACUAAAUAUGGUUACAUUUCCUGCCUUUCCUGAAAAACCACACAACAAAAAAGUUUCUUUUUGUGGGGAAAACUCCAGGAAUAUUCCUUCCUUUCUUUCUUGGGGUCCUGCAGAACCACACCAGGAUUCAGCAAAGACCUUUUUGGCAUUUAUACAUGUAUAAAUACAUAAAUAUAUAUAUAUAUAUAAAUAUAUAUCAACGCUUGUGUGUAAGAGGUAUAUUUAUUAAGUUAACUUAUUGUUAUUUAUUUCUACUUGUUUUUUUUUUCUUAUUUAUUGAAAAGUUUGUCCUGGAUGGUGCCAAAGAGAAAGCGUGAAAAGAGACUCCGGACCAAAAGAAGCGAUCUCGUUGCCCGGUUUUUUGAGUCAUGUGACCCCGGCGGGAACAUCUGGGACAUGUCGAUUGGUCACACGUUUACAAGGAGGCGUGAAGAGGAACAUAAACAAUGGAGGAUCGGUCAGUCCACGUUUUGGUCAUUUCAUUUUCUUCAUUGAAAAAAACAAAAACAAAUUUUUAAAAUACAAAAAAGAACAUUGAAAAACAAAGUUGUUGUUGGUGGUCCGUUCAUUCUAGUUCCAAUUCUGAAACGCAAAUCAAAAAACAAGAAUAGGGCUGUUUUUUCCAUUUUUAUCAUAUAUGGCAGUUUUGAAAACAAACAAAAAAGGGUUGCAAUAUUGCCAUAACAUUUGAUUUUGUGCUGUUUUCC